UGACGUUCAGCUCAUCCUGAGCAAUCAUCUCCGUUAGAUGUCCCAGUGGGAGCUCCAUGAACUCCUCGGAUACUUGCGUCACCUCCUCAAAGUGGUGCAGGAUAUAAAGCCUUGUUUUCUGAAGGAACGCGGAGCAGCACUGCAUACAAAAUGAGUCUCCAACAGAAGAAAGAAGAAAAGGAGGAUGUUCAGACACAUAAAGCAGUAUCUCCAGAACCCAGCCAUGUGUCUGUGAAAAGUGACGAGUCCAUCAGGAUUAUUCCCCCUUUUUUCAGUGGUGAAGCAUCCACCUCUGACCCCGACACACCUGCAAGUCGGAAGAGGGCAAAAACAGAAAAGGAGAUAGAUCCCUCUGCAAGAGUGAAAAGGCCCAAUGUGGCCAGAUCAGUGACACCCUGUCUGACUCGCACUACAGAUUUUUACUUUCUGCCUGAUGAAGGUCUGACAGUUAAAGACCGACACAAAAGCAGCAUGAAGAAAAAAUAUGAGAGCUUACUCGAGGGAAUCAAACUAAAAAAGAAUCAAACCCUCCUGAACAGCAUCUACACACAGCUCUACAUGAUAGAGGGAGAGAGUGAAGGAGUGAAUGAAGAACACAAGGUUUUACAGAUGGAGAAAAUGGCCACAACACAAGACACUCCAAUCUAUUGCAAUGACCUCUUUAAACAACAACCAGAAUAUGAGAAAAAAGACAAAAUUAAGACUGUUCUUACUAAAGGCAUUGCUGGAAUCGGAAAAACCGUCUCUGUGCAGAAGUUCAUUCUGGACUGGAGCGAGGGAAAAGCCAAUCAAGAUGUAGAUUUCAUGUUUGUUCUUCCAUUUCGAGAGCUGAACUUGAUUAAAAAUCAGAAGUACAGUCUUCACAGACUUCUGCUGGACUUUCAUCCUGAAUUUCAAGGUCUGGACUUAAAGAUUUAUGAGGAGUGUAAAGUAGUGUUCAUCUUGGAUGGUCUGGAUGAAAGCAAAAUCACAUUGAGUUUUACAGAUGAUCUUAUAGUUUGUGAUGUGAAUGAGUCUUCAUCAGUGGAUGUGUUGAUGUCAAACCUCAUCAGAGGAGAUCUGCUUCCCUCUGCUCUCAUCUGGAUCACCUCCAGACCAGCAGCAGCCAAUCAGAUCCCCUCAAAAUACAUCAACCGUGUGACAGAAAUUCAGGGAUUCAGUGAUCCUCAGAAGGAGGAAUAUUUCAGGAAGAAAAUCAGUGAUGAGCAUCAAGCCAGCAGAAUCAUCUCACACAUUAAAAGAUCAAGAAGCCUCUAUAUCAUGUGUCACAUCCCCGUCUUCUGCUGGAUCUCAGCCACUGUGCUUCAAAAUCUCCUGAAACAAGAUCAGAGUGCAGAAAUCCCUCAAACUCUGACUGAAAUGUACAUUCACUUCCUGCUGACUCAGAUACACACAAAGAGUCAGAAGUAUGACAAGAAAAAUCCAGAGAAACCUCAGAGGUCCAGUAGAGAUGUGAUUGUGAAACUUGCUGAACUGGCUUUCAAACAGCUGAUGAAGGGUAAUUUGAUGUUCUAUGAAGAGGACCUGAUUGAGAGCGGCAUAGAAGUGACUGAUGCCUCAGUGUAUUCUGGGAUUUGCACUGAGAUCUUUAAGGAGGAAUCUGUGGUUCAUCAGAGAAACGUUUACUGCUUUAUACAUCUGAGCUUUCAAGAGUUUCUAGCUGCUUUAUAUCUGUUUUACUUCCAUGUAGUCAAGAAUGAGGAAUUGGUGACUUUGUUUCUAUAUGAAGGAUUGCAGGGGAAUAUUUAUGGAAGCUUUCUGUAUGAGCAAACAGUUGAUAAAUCCAUACAGAGUAAAAACGGACACCUGAAUCUUUUCCUGAGGUUUCUGCUGGGCGUCUCAUUGGAGUCUAAUCAGAGACUCUUACAGGAUCUAAUGACACACACAGUGAACUGCUCAGAGACCAUUAAGAGAAUCACACAGUACAUUAAAGACAAACUCAAGGGUGAUGAAGGUCUCUCAGCUGACAGAUGCAUCAAUCUGUUCCUCUGUCUGCUGGAAAUGAAAGAUCAGACUCUGUACAGAGAGAUUCAGGAGUUUGUGAAAUCAGAGAAUCACUCAGUAAAUCGAUUCUCUCCGUCUCAAUGCUCAACAAUUGCCUACAUGCUUCAGAUAUCAGAUGAGGUUUUGGAUGAGUUUGAUCUGAAGAAAUACAACACAUCAGAUGAAGGUAGAAGGAGACUGAUGCCAGCUGUUGUGAACUGCAGAAAAGCCUUACUUGCUGACUGUAAUCUCACUCCUCAGUACUGUAAAAGUUUGUCUUUAUCUCUACAAUCAUCAAACUCACUGAGAGAGCUGGACCUGAGUAACAAUGACCUGCAGGAUUCAGGAGUGAAGCUGCUCUCCGAUGGACUGAAGAGUUCACUCUGUCAACUCAAUAUACUCAGACUGUCUGACUGUAAUCUCACUGCUCAGUGCUGUGAAAGUUUGUCUUUAUGUCUGCAAUCCUCAAACUCCUCACUAAGAGAGCUGGAUCUAAGUCAUAAUAACCUGCAGGAUUCAGGAGUGAAGCUUCUCUCAGAUGGACUGAAGAGUUCACACUGUCAACUCAACAUACUGAGAUUAUCUGGCUGUAUGGUGACGGAAGAAGGCUGUUGUUUUCUGGCUUCAGCUUUAAGUUCAAACCCCUCACACCUGAGAGAGCUGGAUCUCAGCUACAAUCACCCAGGACCAUCAUUAGUCAAGCUGCUCUCUGAUCCAAACUACAGACUGGAAAAACUCAAUGUGGAUCAUGGAGGAGAGAUCAGAAUUACAACAGGAUUACAGAAAUAUGCGUGCGAUCUCACACUGGAUUUAGACACAGCGAACACCUUCCUAACUCUGUCUGAGGGGAACAGAAAGGUAACGUGUAUGAGAGAGAAGCAGUCGUAUCAUCAUUACCCAAACAGAUUUGAGUGUCAUCAGAUUCUGUGUAAAGAGAGUUUGUCUGGACGCUGUUACUGGGAGGCUGAAUGGAGCGGGGAGGACGUUUAUGUGUCCGUGACAUACAAAGGAAUCGGAAGGGAAGGAUGGAGUGAACACUGUUUGUUUGGGCACAACAAAAAGUCCUGGGGUCUGAAAUGUUUUAAAGAAGGUUUCGCUGUCUCUCACGAUAAUAAGCACAGAGUAAUAUCUGCUCCUUCGUGUCGUUCUAACAGAGUAGGAGUGUAUCUGAACUGGUCAGUUGGCGUUCUGUCCUUCUACAGCGUCUCUGACACACACACACUCACACACUUACACACGUUCAACACCACGUUCACUGAACCCCUCUGUGCUGGAUUUGGGUUUUAUAAUAUUAAUACUUCAGUGUCUCUGUGUGAGACCAAACACAUAACGGUGAGCAACAAGACACUCAGCUGAGUAAAGAAACGCUCACGUUAUCUUUCUUAGCUGUAAACUCUUUCUCUUUUAUACUUUUUAGUUGUGUGUGUGUGUGUGUGUGUAUAUACUGCAGAAACGCAUACAUUGGCUUUGAUCUAAAUUAGAAACACCACAGACUUGCAUUGUGUUUUUCUAAAGAUUUGAAUGCAGCUCAACAGGAGUUUUGUUUUUCUGAGCACCACCUGGAGGAAGGUUUUAAUCUCUCACAUGAAAAAACUCAUAGCAACUGCUUGCUCUGUUACUAUGGUAACUAGGGGUCAAUGCCCCUCCUAAAGUCAUUUGACUUGGGGGUAUACCUGAAGGGAAAACAUUCCCUGAGUUAAGGGAUUUAUUUAAGAGUGUUGCAACAAACAUCUUAACUGUCACCCUUACCAAAAUUAUAAGCGUUUCGCAGUAGUUCCUGGUAACAUGGCAGGGUGUGCAGCGGUUGCUAUAGUUACCACAUCCCACAAUUAACGUGUAUAUCUACGACAAUAAACAGAACAUAACAAAAUGCAAACCUAACAAGCUGUAACACAAUCAAAAAAACAAGCACAGACUGUUUCUGUGUUGCUUUCAGUUUCUAAAGUGAAAGCUCCCCGGCUGACCAAUGACAGAACAUUUACCAAAUGCAAAAAUUAACCCAUGUUUUGCCAACACACAGGUGGAUGCACAAGAAGAUAAUGCAUUACUAAAAUCCAAACAAUGAAGACAUGCAUUGUUUAUACUGUUAUUUAAUUAAUUGUAAUAAUACAUGUUUAAGUUGAUAUUAAUUCGCCUAAUAAAACACUGUUUAAGAUUACUUAAGGGAGCUGUUUUGAUCCCUUUCAUUUAUCAAGGGGAAAUGGUUACUAAGGACUUUGUAGAGAAACGUAAGAGAACACUUAAGCAAUUAAGAGAAGUUAAGGCUGUCACUUAAGCAUUUUCCUUAAGUAAACUCUUUUUUUCUUGGAACCCAUGUCUCAUUAAGGGUUUACACACUUAAUUGCAAAUGUUAACUGUUUUACAAUCAAAGUCAAUCUGGCUGUUCAAUACAGCUGAAGAUAUAGAUCACACUUGUGUUAGAUUUCGUCUUUGUUUGAUGAACUCUUAUGCUUGAAUAUAUUUAACGAUCGGCUUGUGUCUUAAGCUCAACAUUAUUUAUAGGCUGAUAUUUUUAUCUCAGAUAAUGGCUUUUCACCUGUUGCUUAAAUCUUGUGUCAUUUACCAGAAAACAGUUUAAUCAACUAUUAUAAUGAUAUAUACAUUUUAUUAGUAUUAGUGUUAUUAGUACAUGCAUAUAAUAAUUCAACAGUUAUUGUAAUCAAUAAUCGGUAAAAGUCUGUUUUCGUUUAUUUUUCUGAAUCAAUAUCACUCAAACACUAUUAGAGCAAUAAUAUGUAAAAUAUGUACGAAGCAUUUUAAAGUCUAGCAGUUUUACAGUUUCAAUAAAAACUAAAGCAAAGUAAA